AAUUCUCCACUUGGCUUCGGAUCUCCAUUUUUGAAAAUCUCUCUCUCUCUCUCUCUUUUUUUUUCUUUUGGCAUUUGAUUCUAGCAAAGGCGGAAAUGGAAGCUCAUGUCUCCGGAUUCCGCCGUAUCUUAGUUUUGGCCUUCUGCGUCGCUGGAAUAUGGUCUGCCUAUAUCUACCAAGGUUUUUUACAAGAAACUCUGUCGACUAAGCGAUUUGGUCCAGAUGGGAAGAGGUUUGAGCACCUUUCGUUCCUGAAUUUGGCCCAGAAUGUAGUUUGUUUAAUCUGGUCCUAUAUAAUGAUCAAGCUUUGGUCUAGCGGUAGCAGCGGUGGUGCGCCAUGGUGGACAUUCUGGAGUGCUGGUAUUACGAAUACCAUUGGACCCGCCAUGGGAAUUGAAGCCCUCAAGUAUAUUAGCUACCCUGCCCAGGUCUUGGCCAAAUCUUCUAAAAUGAUUCCAGUGAUGUUGAUGGGUACUCUAGUCUAUGGUAUUAGAUACACUUUUCCUGAGUAUCUUUGCACUCUCCUUGUUGCUGGAGGGGUAUCUAUAUUUGCACUUUUGAAGACUAGUUCAAAGACUAUUAGCAAGCUGGCUGAUCCAAAUGCUCCUCUUGGAUACGGACUGUGUUUCCUCAAUCUAGCUUUUGAUGGAUUUACAAAUGCUACUCAGGAUUCAAUAAAUACUAGGUACCAAAAGACAAGUGCCUGGGACAUAAUGUUGGGAAUGAACUUAUGGGGUACCAUAUACAACCUCGUAUACAUGUUUGGCUGGCCUCAAGCUAUUGGAUUCGAAGCAGUCCAGUUCUGCAAGCAGCACCCGGAAGCAGCUUGGGACAUUUUUCUAUAUUGUCUCUGUGGUGCAGUUGGCCAGAAUUUCAUCUUCCUAACCAUUAGCAGAUUUGGUUCUCUUGCUAAUACCACCAUCACCACCACCCGCAAGUUUGUCAGCAUUGUGGUGUCGUCCCUGCUGAGCGGCAAUCCCCUAUCAAGCAAGCAAUGGGGUUGUGUGGCGAUGGUCUUUUCUGGCUUGUCGUAUCAGAUCUACCUCAAAUGGAGAAAAAUGCAGAGAUUGCAAAAGAAGAAAAAGCCCAUGUGAAGAGGCACCUUCAACAAUUUUGAAGUUAUAUUUUUUUUUUCCUUUUUUAUUAAAAAAAAAAAUUUAAUGUUGUAGCAUCAUUGUAACCAUAAGGUUAAGUGGUUCCAUGUUUAGGUAUUACUCGGGGAUAAUGGAUAUUAGUUAAUGUAACUGAAUAGAUACUUUACUGUUGAGAAAUAUAGCAAGUACACUCUUUUUCGUUUUA